GACUUUGGCCGCGUUGGAGAUUUCUUUAUACAAGUCAGACUGUUUCUAAUCAUGGAUGUACGUUGAGAUCUUGACGGGGACCACGCUCACUGGUCCAUGAAAAAGUGGAUAACACCUUCGCUAAAUGGUUGCCUUCAAUAGCGUCUUCUGUCAAACACGAAAGGAAAGGUAAUGUUUUGACGAAAUUCUUAAGUUUAUUACGUUCAAAUGUAGGAGGAAUUCUUUUCAAGAAUAUCAACAAUCAAUAACACAUUCGGAACAUGUCACGCAUUCGGUCUUUCGAAAUCGAGAACUCGCUCGCUCUCUGAGGACCUCGCUCGUCUCGCCUCGCCUCGCGGACACGGAUUUUGGCGUCAGCCUUCCUCUCCUCUCCUGGCAAGAUGGGCAAGGCAUCGCUGUUUCUGCUCGGGCUGCUCGCGCUGAGUGCCGUGUGCGUUUACGGGUCGGACCCGGCAGCGGAGUCGGAUGAAGCUUCGGCGUCCUUGCAGACCGAUGUUUUGACGUUGGGAGUGGGAAAUUUCAGCGAGACCGUCGAGAAGCACGAUUUCAUCGUCGUGGACUUUCAUGCCCCAUGGUGUGGUUUCUGCAAACGAUUGGAACCGGAGUACGAGAAGGCAGCAACCCAGUUGAAAGAGAACGAUCCGCCUAUCAUCUUGGCCAAGGUCAAUGUGGAUGCAGAACAGAACAAGCGUCUGGAGUCAGAAUUUGACAUCAAGGGAUUCCCUGCUCUGAAGAUCAUCAAGAACAAGGGGCAGUCGGUUCAGGAGUACAAGGGGCCAAUGGAAGCUGAAGGAAUUGUUUCCUACUUGAAGAAAAUUUCCGGCCCACCUUCGUUGGAACUCACAUCUGCUGAGCAAGCUGGAAAAUUCAUCACCGAUCAUGAGGGAAGCCUGGUUAUCAUUGGAGUGUUUGACAAAUUGGAAGGUGAACACUAUGCCAAUUAUCUCAAAGUGGCCGAUGCUCUUCGAAGUGAUAUCGAAUUCUGCCAUACUACCGAUGCUUCUUACAUUCCUGAAGAUGGGGUACCAGUGAAGACGUCUUCAGUUCGUCUCAUCAAGAAUUUCGAUGAUAAAGUUACCGUAUUCACAGAUUUUACAGUCGAGGCUCUUACAAAUUCCAUUGAGGAGGCAAGGCUGCCAUACGUCACAGAGAUGAGUAAGAAGCCAGAGCACCGACCAGCACUCAAGAAGUUCUUUGAAAGUUCCAAGACAAAGCUUUUCCUCUUCUUGGCUGAAACUCCCGAAGGAGACAAUUCUCAGAAGGAUCUCCUUAAGACUUUCUCAGAGUUGGCCAAGGCAAAGAAGUCAAAUGGCUUGAUUGCUCUUUUUGCUGAUGCCGAAGAAAGUGCCAAUGCCCUUCAGUUUUUUGGUCUUGCGAAAGAAGAUGCACCAGCCUCUGUUAUCCGAGACAGGAAGGGAAAGGAGUACCUUUUCAAGAAUGCGGAGGGUAGCAAGCUUUCAUCUUGGGUCGAUGCGUACUUGAAUGGUGAGCUGAAGGAGCACAUCAAGUCCGAGGCUAUUUGUGAAACCAACGAUGAGCCCGUAAAGGACAUUGUGGCCAGGUUGAACGGUGAUGUUGUGGUUGAAGCCAAGAAGAACGUUUUCUUGGAAUUCUAUGCCCCAUGGUAUGGUAUAAACUGCAAGAAGAUUUUCCAAAUUUUCGAGGAACUAGCAAAACAGCGAUCACAACACCGGAAUCACCCAACUUCGUUUGAGGGUGAUUCCGCUGUUGUGAUCGCUAAAUUUGAUGCGACCGCCAAUGAUGUACCAGGUGAUUUGUGACACACUACCUUCAUGAGACUGUAUCACAUGAUCUUUUGCAUGUUACUAUAGACCAGACUUGAGUUGACUGAAGUUGAAGUUAGUAGCUAGCUCAUCCAUUGGCUAGCUCUAGUUAAUAUAACUAAGUAUAGUUAGACAAAGCUAGCAACUGCCAUAUAAGAAUGUUGAAAGUAGUUUUAUGUGGAACACAAUUAAGGUUUUUUAUUAAAACUAUUAUUUUUUUUUAUUUG